AUGAACGACACGGGCAACUGGUACUAUGUCAGCUCUCGUUACGUCAGUAUCCUCGGUCAGACUAGCCUGUUUCUGUUUAAGGUCAACGAGGCGAUGCAGCUCGAUAAGGGUCAGCAUAGUCAUGUCUCCAAGGCAUAG